GUCUGAAGUGAAUGACAUUGACAUUAUUUUUAUUUACAUUUUACAAAACAUUUUAUACUAAAUAACAAAAUAAAGAAGAAUACUAACAUAAAAAUGAUACGAAUCUUUGAUAAUAUCUAAUAUUCUGAUUACGCUUAUUGUGUAGGCAUCACGCGUUUAUACUUUUUAACUUAAGUACCAUAUUAGAUAGAAACUUAGUAUUCGAGUAAUGAUUAUUGUUAUUAAGUGCAUGAAUCAUCAGCAUGUUGGGAAGUAUGGGCCUGCUUGUUCUCACUGGUGUGCUAUGGGGUUGCACGAACCCGUUUAUCAAACAAGGCACGAAAGGCUUGCGUAAAGUUCACGCGGAUUCCUUGCUCGGCCAAGCAUAUGCGGAAGUAACCUUCCUCUUGGGGAAUUGGAGGUACGUAGUACCUUGGUUAGUCAACCAGCUGGGAUCGCUGGUGUAUUUGUUUGCAAUUCAACGCGUACCACUAUCUCUCGCCAUGCCGGCUGCCAAUAGUCUAGCGUUCGCGUUCACGGCUUUAACGGGCUCCCUUGUCGGCACUGAGAGGCCAUUAGACCAAGGAUCCAUCUUCGGGAUCAUGUUGAUAGGCGUCGGUACUGCUCUGUGCUGUUGGGAUAAAACGGAACUUUGAUAUUUAAUGUCAUUUUUGUAAAAAUAAAUAAAGAAAUAAUGUUCAUGUUGUAGAAAAUUGUAUAUGUCAGUAAUGUAAAUUAUUGCUUUAAAUAAUGUUACUAUUUAUGGGAAUAAAAAUAAAAGAUAUUUAAUAUAUUAUA